AUGGGAGAAGCGUCAAAAGCUGCUAGUCGCAUCCAGGUGGGUGUUCGCAUGUGUCCUCCGCGGCAGGGCGAAAAGGUAAUUGUACAUGCUGAUUCAGAUGAUCAGCGAGCUGUUUUGAUUGAUGCCGAAGGGGGACGCGCUUCUACCAUGUUUAAAUUUGAUCGUGUGUUUACUGGGGGUCAGGACGAGGUAUAUGAGACGAUUGGGCGGCCAAUGUUGAAGGAGGCGUUUGAAGGAUUUAAUGUCUGUCUUUUUGCUUACGGCCAGACAGGAAGCGGAAAGACACAUAGCCUUUUUGGUGACCUGAACAGCAAAGAAGGCUAUGGUGUGGCUCCACGCUUUGCGCAGGACAUGAUUGAGGAGGCUCAGCUCCGUGUGGAAUCGGACAGUGCCGCGACAAUCAAGUUUUUUGUGACGAUGAUUGAGGUUUAUAUGGAGAAGGUCCGUGAUCUCCUCGCUCCCCGGGCACGAGGGCAGGAGCCGGAGUCGCUUGAGAUUCACGAGGAUAGUCAGCAUCGCGUUUAUGUGAAGGGGGCGGGCGUGCACUCUGUGCUUAGUCUGGAGCGAAUGUUAGAGCUGCUCAAGAAGGGCAACGCAAAUCGUCAAACAGGUGAGACGAAGAUGAACGAGACAAGCUCGCGUUCUCACGCCAUCGUUCAAAUUACCAUCUCUCAGAAGUAUGGGUCUUUGGAUAUGCGGGAUGUAGAAAGUGUUGUUUUGUUGGUGGAUUUAGCUGGAAGUGAGCGCCAGAGCAAGACGGAAUCUACUGGGGUUGCGUUUGAGGAGGCGAAGAAGAUUAACCAGUCUCUUUUGAUGUUGGGCCGGGCGAUGAACUCGUUCAGUGACCGUAAGGGAGGAGACGCUUUUAUUUCUUUGCGCGCUUCGAAGCUAACUCGGCUGUUGUCGGAGAGCUUUGGUGGCAACAGCAAGACAUGGAUGCUCGCAACCGUGUCGACCGCGGCAAACAAUUUGACAGAGACCAUCUCCACCUUGGAAUACGCCCAGAACGCCAUGGCCAUCACUAAUAAGGCCAAGGUGAACAAAACUGCGAAGGAUCUUGAGUAUGAUGAAAUACAAAAGCUUGCCUGGGUUCUUCAAAUCCGAUUGGACGAUGAAGCAAAGGGUAUAUCUGCGUUGGACGCACAGAUACAGGGGCUACGCGGAGAAAUUGAUUGCAUGAAGAGUAAGUUGACAGUUGCCAGUGAUUCAAAGGUUGAAACUGAAUUGAAAGAAGCGCUUGAGGACCGAGAAGAAUUGUUGUUGUCAUUGAGAAAAGGCCUAAUUGAACAAAGGAAGAUUAGCGGCUUCUCUGCGGCACUUGUGUGUUUUUCUGGAACUUGCAAAACCUCAUUGGCGAACAUACCCUUUGGUUCAUACGAGGUGACGACUCUAGUUGUUCCUUGUUACAUGUUGGCGGGGCCGCCUCCCUUUUUGAUUUGCCAUAUCCAUGUUUACCUUACAGAAGAAAGUUCCGUUGCAGUGUUGCUUCGUCUUCGAGAGUUACAGCAUCUUCCAGAUUAUGCAACUGGCGGCGUGCAAGUGACUGUUUGGUUCGAAGGGCAUUAUUCGAGUGCUGUUCAAACACCCAUCGUGCGGCCAAAUGGAGGUAAUCCCCAAUUUUCCCUGCGCCAGAUGUAUCUUUUUGGACCACAUACAGAGGACCUUGAGCGCUUUUUCCAGUUGGAUGUGUUAAACUUUCGUGUAGAGGGGAUAAUGUCUGAUUUGACGUCUUGA